AUGGCUGACGAAGAAAUUAUUAUUCGUGACAGACUCACUGUCGAGGAGCGUACUCUCCGCCGUGUAACUCGGAAACAUGCUACGUUCAUUAGUUUCUUGGAGCAAGGAAACCUUAAAGAAGCAAGACAAAAUUAUAAUGAAUUUCUGGUUGAUUUUUCAACAUACGAACUCUCCCUUAUACGUUUCCAAAUUAUCCAUGACAUGAAUCUACGAGAAGCACAACAUUGGGAAAAGGAAUCACAGAGAAUUGGAACAGAAAUUGAAGAGACCAAAAAAAUAAUUGAAAAGUUGGAAAAAGAGCUAAAAGAGGCUGAAGAGAUACGUAAAAAUAAAGUAGAAUACGAUCUAUUGGCGUCAGAAAUAAACGAACAUCAAACGCGUGAUGAGUCCAGAGAGGAAAUAGCUACACUGGAUGAGGAGAUCGCAGCACUUGAGGAAAAAGAGAGGGUCAUAAAUGAAAUUACAGAGCGUCGAAAAUCACAGCUUGAACGAAUUGUGUCAGUUUUGAAAGAUGUCCAUUCCGAAAUUCAAGCAGAUCAAGAACAGCACGGAUAUAUUUUUGGUGACAGCGAGGCCCCUGUUAUUACACCCGCAUCAAUUAGAAGUGAGUCUACAUCACCUGUGGGUUCACCGAUUCCGCCACCACCGGAAAUUAUCCCGCAGGUUAAUGGAAUGGACAAAAAUGACCAAAACGAAAAUGGCAUUUUAAAUGAUUCGCCUACUGGUGCCGAAAGAGUGACGACUCCUCAAAGUAAUAAUGAUUCACCGGAUACAAUAAACAUGAACAUUGAUGAAAAUUUACCACUAGAUAGGGAGAUUACUGGAGAGACAUUUGAUGGCGCCUUAGAUAAUUCACAGAUUGUUGACGAAGACACUUCACGAGAGAAUCGGAACGAGGAAGGUGCUAUUAUUGAUGAUAAUGAGGAUACUGAAAGUAUUGGAGAUGUGGGUGAGGUUGUCGAGGGAACUAAUAAGGAUUAUAUAGCCGAUGAAGAAGUUCUUGGUAUUGAAGAUAUAGAUGAUGAUGUGGUAACAAGUGAGGAAAAUGAGGAUGAAUACAUUCGUCCUCUAAGUGCAGAAGAAAAUGAGGAGAUUCCUUUGGUAGACGAGGGAGAGAUUGUAGAAGAUGUAGAUGAAGAUACCGAUGAAGAUGGUGUUAACAGAAAGAGGAGACGCGAUGCGGAAGAGGAAGACAUGGAAGAUGAAUCCCUUGAUCGAAAAAGAAAAUGCGAAGUAGACGAUGAAGACGAUGAGGAAGGCGUAAUAUCAGACAAAAAUCCGCGUUCAUGUGAUCAAGAUGAUGGUGAAAUCCAAUCCAGCGAUGAAGGAGUAAUAGAAAAUGAAGACGAUGAUGACAUAGAAACUAUAGAGGAUAUGGAUGCUGUGUGUAUAAUAUGA